AUGUGCGUGUGUGUGUAUAGCGCAGAUAUACAGAGACGGAGGUUAUGGCGGAGAUGGUGUUUUGGUACAUAUGUCAGUAUGGCUUGCCCCCCCUAUUCACCGUCUUCCAGGAAUGAUGUGGUGGUGCGGAGAUCGAGGACUCCGGUUCUGUCUGGGAGGUUAGCCGGAACAAAGUCCCCGGAAAUCCGGGAUUCGGAACUUUGUGAGCAACAUGAAGAUCUGGGUACCUCCCAGUCCUUCCCCUCCAGGGUUCUCUUGGAGACCUUCCACUUGUUGGAACAUCAAGAAAAAAUACCGCUUCUGUGCUAUCCGUACGGCUGUAUGUAA